GCAAAAAAGAAAACAAAGUUAAGUAAUGAUGCUUCGGAAAGUCUUCAAAGGAAUUAAUAAUGAAGAAAUGUAUGGAAGCACGGCGACUUUGUUUGUUUCUCAAUCAAAUAUUGCAGAGUCUCGCGGGACACGCUUUUUGCGUCAGGAAUCUAUUCUAAGGAAAGAAAAUAAAGCAAUUGUUCAUGAACUCUUAACUAAUUUUAAUAUGGAAAAUGCUAAAGAGAAACACAUGGAGGCCAAAGUUGUGGAAUUUUCGUGGGAUUCUAAUGAAUUUAGUUUCGAUUCUGCACUGUCCACAGCGAAGGUUCGUUCCAGACUUCAACACUUAAUGGGAACAGAUGUCAUCAGAAUAAAUGACAAACGCUAUAUAGAUAAAAUGCAUGAAAAGCUCGAAAUAGAACAAGAGGCAGACGUAUGCAAAAAAGAGCAAGCUUUAGAAGAUGCAGAGGAUGAACGAUUACGUACUCUCCAAUUGAGUGGGGUGCUCCCAAAACCCAAACAGACACCGCUUCAAGUAAAACAAAAACGAGAUCAUAUGAAACUAUCUCAAAAGAAGAAAAAUAAAAAUAAACCAACUGAAGAAAGUAACGAAGAAAAUGCAAUUUUGACAGAGGAAGAAACUACAGAUCAAAAAGAUGUGACAACUCAACUUGAAAUAAUAGAACAGUCAAAAAAAGACGAUAGAACAAAACCAAACAUUACCAAAAAGGGGCAGUGUUUAACCAAAGAACCCAAAGGCGAAAUGAAAAAUACAGAUCAAUCAAGCCACACUGGUGAAACUAUUAGUAGUAAAGAAACAGAGAUAAAUAAAGAAGUGAAAUACAACCAGUGUACAUAUACAAAGACAGAAAAUCAAAACAGAACUUCAAAGAGAACACCAACUGGAAAAUUUGCUCAAAAAGAGACCCCUUUCGUCAAGGAAUUGCGUGGAACACAGACUGUAGGCGAACUCUAUGAAAUGGCAGAGAAACUUAUGUCUCAGAGAAUUGAGAGGUAAUUUAUGGACAGUUCAUCCAUUGAAUAGCUUGUGGAACUAGAUCGAGUGUUAGCGUAUUUUGUAAAUCCAGGAAUGAAAAAAUAACUUGAUUUUUAAAUAAAUGACACUGUUUGCUUAUGUAUUUACUUAUUGUAAUGAGAUAAACUUUUUGUAAUUAUAUAUUUUAAUAUAUAAAACAUUUUAUAAUCAAUUA